AUGAAAACACUAACUGAGACUGCAUUGAGUGAUCAUGAUCGCUUUGGUUUGUUUGGAAUGCUUGGUGUUAUUCGCACGGCAGAUCAGGACUCAACCACCCUCACACUUGGUCGUGAUCUGACUACGUUGGGCCUCAGUUUGAACUCUGCAGAACCGCUAUAUGGGACAUUUGCGUCUCCAUGGUUUGAGGUUCCUACAUCAGCAGAUGUAGAAGCAGAAUUCCAUGUACCUGCAUGCUAUAAUGUACAGCCACCCCCUCCACCACAAGCCAAGCUUGGUUCGGUUCAAGAUGAAACGCUGUUUUACAUUUUUUAUACGAUACCACGAGAUGUCCUUCAGGAUGCGGCUGCAUUGGAGCUUUAUAACCGACACUGGCGAUAUCACAAAGAAUUAAGACUAUGGUUGAUGAAAGAUCAAGCUUCGGAGCAAUCUAAAACACCAACGUUCGAAAGAGGGAGCUAUAUUUUCUUUGAUCCGAAUAGUUGGGAGAAAGUAAAGAAGGACUUCAUUGUAAUGUAUGAUGCAUUAGAGGAGCGCAGGCCAGCUAACCCGCUCGCUCCAAAUGGGGGUGCUGUCUCAUCUUCUACCACCGCAUCUGGGUCUAUGGCAAGCGUAUUGAACCAUGCGAACGGAAUAGAUGCAAACGCUCAUUCAGGAUUAUUGAACAGUUUGAAUUCUACGUCGACUCCGGGACCAGCAAGUGCUCAAUCACUUCACAUGAAACAGGUGAAUGCUGCUUUUCAACAGCAACGUCAGCAACAGCAACAGCAACAAAAAUCAUUUCAGAUGUUAAACAUGGGCUCAACUGGACACGGUCAAUUCGGCAAUAAUAGCUCUAAACCAUAA